CCGCGAGACUGCCGUGCUUCCUCAAAAUCAAAACAGAGCUGUACAGUAAGUAACUAGCGAGCUGCCCUAACAGCUAAACUUCUGUAAGCGAGAUACGAGUGUUUCAGUCACAGAAAGCUGGGAUGGGUUCCCUUUCUUGGUGGUCAAAAUGGAGAAUAAAGAAACAGACGAGGUGGAGAAAUUAAAGACGAAAUUAAUGUCAGCAUGGCACAAUGUGAAAUACAGUUGGGCUCUGAAAUCAAAGACCUAUUUUAGCAGAAAUUCUCCAGUUUUCCUCCUUGGAAAAUGUUACCACUUUAAAGCAGAAGAUGUGGACGCUGCGUCGGGGAGUUCCAGCAGUGAGUCGAUGGAUGGGGAUCCCGUCACUGGUAACGUGGAGGCUUUCCGCAGGGACUUUGCCUCCCGUGUUUGGCUGACCUACAGGGAGGAGUUCCCUGCCCUGCGAGGCACCACCCUCACCUCGGACUGUGGCUGGGGCUGUACCCUGAGGGCGGGGCAAAUGAUGUUGGCACAGGCCCUGCUCCUUCACUUCCUGGGCAGAGAUUGGAUGUGGUCAGAGGCGUUGAAUCUCCAGACCCUGGACACAGAGUCAUGGACCACCAGUGCGGCCAGGAAGCUAGUGGCCUCUCUUGAGGCGUCGCUUCAGGGAGAGAGACCUCCUGACACAGACCCCUUACCCCUGCCACAGGGCAGAGCGGAGGAGGCCGAUGCCCACCUGAGAGAGGUGUACCACCGGACUGUGGUGUCCUGGUUCGGGGACAGCCCCUCUGCGCAGCUGGGCGUACACAGACUGGUGGAGCACGGGCGGUCGUCUUCGAAACAGGCUGGAGACUGGUACGGGCCCGCAGUGGUGGCACACAUCCUGAGAAAAGCUGUUGAGGAGGCAACAGACCCUGAAUUGCAAGGCAUAACCGUUUACGUUGCUCAGGACUGCACAGUCUACAGUGCCGAUGUUAUUGAUAGCCAUGGGAAGCAGGCUCAAAGGCCAGAUGCUCAGACGGAGAACAGAGCCGUCAUCAUUCUCGUCCCCGUCAGGCUGGGGGGCGAGAAGACCAACCCUGAGUACAUUGACUUUGUCAAGGGCAUUUUAAGUCUGGAGUACUGUAUAGGCAUCAUUGGGGGGAAGCCCAAGCAAGCCUACUACUUUGUGGGAUUUCAAGAUGACAGCUUGAUUUACAUGGAUCCUCAUUACUGUCAGUCUUUUGUGGAUGUCAGCACAAGUGAUUUCCCUCUUGAGUCCUACCAUUGCCCGUCACCAAAGAAGAUGCCUUUCAAUAAAAUGGACCCAAGUUGCACUAUAGGCUUCUACUCCAGAAGUGUUCAGGACUUUGAGAGAAUCAGUGAAGAGCUGUCAAAGGUCCUGCGGCCGUCGACCAAGGAGAAAUACCCGGCGUUCACCUUUAUGAAAGGUCACGGGCAGGAUUACAACCUCUGUGGUCCGCUGGCCCGGGAGCGCAAAGAGCGGCCCUUCCUGGGAGACCCACGGAGGGCGAGAGUCACGGCGGGAGAUUUCGUGUUGCUGUGAGAACGCGAAGGUCAGACCGCGGGACGCGGGCGAGACCAAGCCAUGUGUAGCGCUUCAUUUCUCCGGCACAUUUCAGAACCUGCUCAUGUCAAAUACACAUUUCUAACCUAGCAAUAUUUUCAAGAUGAAAUAUCAUUCAAUAAGAAAAAAUGUUACUCAGUUACUGGGUUUUUUUUGUUUGUUUGUUUGUUUGCUCUGAGGAGAUGUAUACCGCAAUUAGACUGAGAAAGCGGAGACGGCAGCUGACAGUAGAGUGUGGGGAGGAGACAGACACUGCAGUAGCGUGCCGCUGAACUCAGCAUUACGAGGAGCAAUGUAUGUACAUUCUGUACAGAGGAAGGAUGGGUUGGCUUCACACAAUGGAAGUACAGCACGUAACCAAAAAACACUCGCUCUCGUGAGUCAGGCAUAGCUGCUCUGUUGUACAGGAAAUACAAGUGACAAGAACAGCAGAGAAAUUUCACUGUGAUUGUAGAACAGAGCCUUAAACAGACUGCAUUCAUGCAUAAUGCAGUCUGAGUAUAAUUUAAGACUUGUUAAAGUCUUGACCCCUUAUCUUUUUUUUACAUAGUUUCAUUCGGUGGAAUUAUACUGUGUUUUAAAAUGCAAGUACAGAAUCUCAGCAUAGUUCU